CUAGGAAUGCGAUUGGGCUAGUUUAGAGUAGCAAUUGUGCGGGGUUUGUUGUGAAAACCUGGCAACCCUGUUAAAGAGGAACACAUACAUGGUCACAUGACCACAGGGACGAGUGUUUACAUUCUGCCUUACCGUAUGAGGAAAAUAAAAUAACUGCACUUACCGUGAGCUAACAGCAGAAUGACAAAGCUGCAGGUCAUCAACACGUUUCUGACGGAGCGCUUGAUGGCGACGCUCAAUGAAAUCAUGGACAUGAUCGGCGGGACUGUCCUGCAGUAUGAACAAGAGCUGGACAGCGUGCAGAAGGAAAACGAUUAUCUGAAGAAGAGACUGAUGGAGAUCGAGAAAAUCGUCGAGUCCAACGGUCCAGCCAUCUCAAACCCUGCACCAUCAUCAUCAUCACCACCAUCACAUCUAAAAUGGACUUCUAGCAUUGAAACUGAAACAAUGCCUACAGAUAUCUAUCAGAAUCAGAACCAGGUACAAAAUGAACAGCUCACCAGCACCAAAGUAGAAGAGUUCUCCAACCAUGCUCUUCUGGUGACUGAAUCAGACAUCGAUAUACCUUGUCUCCAGUUACCAAACACACUGGCUCUCACAGAUAAGGACUUUGAACCAUCCACUUUAAGUGAAUUUCCUUGUGGUGUAAAAACAGAGCCUUUUGAAAGUCUUGAUUCACAGUCUACCAAUGCAAACAUAUCCGUCUGCAGUCCAUUACCUCAUUGCACUGCUCAGUUACCAGCUACUACUGAUAUUAACCACAAGCCUGAUCCUAAAGUGUUCAGUGUAUCGAAUUACACUGAUCUAGAAUCAGCAAAAUGUACGAAGCCAAAGCCUAAAACCUUGCAAGUAUCCCUCAGUAAAAUAAGCCAAAAUGUGUUAAAGACCGCUCGUCCUGAAUCAGGCGUAGCUCAUGACAACUACAACACCGCUCAUCAAAACACAGACUCAAGAUCAGUCAGGAACGACACUAUUAGUGGCAACGGUCAUCUCGGUAUAUCUAACGUUGCCGUCAACCCCCUAAGUCACGCGGCGUUCAGCAGAGAAGUCAGGCAGGGUAGGGGAAGAGGACGAGGACAAGGAGGAGUCAGAGGUCCUGGGACGCACAUAUGCCCACAGUGUGGAAAACUAUUCCCGCAUCAUUCCCGGCUAAAGGUGCACAUGCUCAUUCAUACAGGGGAGAAGCCGUACGCUUGUGCUCAGUGUGGGAAACGCUUCAACAACGACGGGACUCUGAGGAACCACAGCCGCGUGCAUCUGCAGCUUCGUCUGUUUGACUGUCCUGUGUGUGCACGUAGCUUUAAGGAUGCCUACACCUGUCGAAAUCACAUGCGUGUUCAUAAUAGGAUUCUUCCUCAGUCAUGGCAGGCGGUCUGAGGCAGCUCAUUGGUCAGAAUGUGCCAGCGCUCCACCCUUUGACCCUUGUUCCUCAAGCAGUCCAUCCAGUGACGAAGUGCAUCUCCUUGGACGUGACAGCUCAGGCACACGCCACCUGACAUUCAAGAGUGUAUUUUGAGUUGUGCUUAGCUCAGCUUCAGUGGCUUUCAAAGGGGAACGCAGGCAGAUCUGAGCACAGCCUCUUCAGGAUUUUGUGAG